AUGGAUCGUUCCUGCAACUUUGAGCAUGAGGACUCCAGCUACCAGAGCCUGGGAGUUGGUGCUUACUUGGAAGAAGCCAAAGCCAAGCCUCCUGAGAUCAAUGUAGGGGCAGGAGGCGAUGGUGGUGAUCAAAUCUGGCCCAAAACCGAUUUGGGAGUAGCUGCAGGAGAGGACAGCGCUUUUGGUUUCGUGGAUAUUGGUGCAGGAGCACCUGGCACCAAGACUGAUGAGGAAAAGGAGGGCUAUGGUGUGCAGGACCAGGACCAGCCAGCCCUCGAGGCUGCUGCGGGGAUGCCGCAACUGGAAGAUGAUGCUAAUCUCCACAUGAUCUGCAGCGCCUUCAGCAGGCUGCAGCUUAACGAGCUGGAACGCAUCUUCCAGCGCUCUCAGUUCCCAGAUGUGUUUGUGCGGAAGGAGCUCGGAAUACCGGUGAAUGUUGAAGCCAAAGCUGAGCCCUGUGAACCUGAAGAUGAAGUGUCCAAGUAG